ACUAUCGUAUCACAAAAUCCUUAAAAUCUGUGGUAUAAAUAAUAUAGAAGAAAUUUGAAUGGUGUUGUGUUUUGAAUUUGAACUUUUGACCUUUUUAGCAAAUUAUUAUUUAUUUCAAACCAAAGCUAUUAUAUAAAUUUAAAGUUAAAAUGUCUCAAGGUAAAAUUGUUUUGAUGGCUUGUGGAAGCUUUAGUCCGCCGACGUACAUGCAUUUACGAAUGUUUGAAAUAGCAAAAGACUAUAUACAUUCCCUCGGUCUUGGUGUAAUAGUUGGAGGUAUAGUAUCACCAGUACAUGAUGCAUAUGGAAAAAAAGAUUUGGUUGCUGCAAAUCAUAGGAUAGCAAUGCUCAAGUUAGCAUUAAGGUCGUCUGGCUGGAUCAAAGUGUCAGAGUGGGAGACACAGCAGACUGGCUGGACGAGAACAAGAGCAUCUAUGCAAUACCAUCAAAAUACAAUAAAUACGGCAAAUCACACGGAUCCUCCGUCAUGGUUACCUGACGACAUCCUCAACGUUAACAUCGAAGACCAAAACUCGAAUCACAUAAAUGGUAACAGCGAAGACGUAACAGUCAAGUUGUUAUGCGGCGCUGAUCUUCUAGAGUCCUUUGCCACUCCGGGGUUGUGGUCUGAUGAUGACCUAGAGGCGAUUUUGGGUCGUCAUGGCAUAGUGGUUGUGUCUCGGGCCGGCAGCGACCCUGGCAGGUUCAUAUACGAGUCAGACAUGCUUUAUAAAUAUAGGAAAAACGUAAUACUGGUAACAAAUUAUAUAGUGAACGAAGUAAGCUCGACGGUUCUCAGGCGGCUCUUGCGCAGAAACGAAAGCGCUAAAUACUUGACAGAUGACAACGUCAUCUCUUACGUACGACAGAAUCAACUCUAUGGGAGUAGGGCCAAUGUCACUGAGUAUAACACAGACAUUAUGUACGAUAAGUCGCCCCAAGAUGUCGUUAUGGCGUCGCCAGAGGAGACUAGCUUCAAAAACAUUCUCAUCUCAAUCAGAGACAAGCCUUCAAUAAUUGACGAAACUAUUACUGUCAAACGGUCCAAAAAGUCUAUUCUAUCCCACACGGACACUGUGUCACCCAUAAAUAACCUAAAACCAAAGAUGGCGUACAUUGACAAAGUGUCACCAACCUACGUACCCGGGAAAGCUGUCAAAAUCGUCAGUGACGUCACUCAACAUACCAUGGACAAGGUAGGUGUAGAAACUCAUUCGCUUGACAGUUUUUUGGACAACUACGAUUUGAGCAAGCGUAGGUUGAGCGAGGGAAAUGUUGAGAAGAAAAUACCCAAAAAGAGAUGUUCUUCUUCCACUAUAAGGAAACUAAAACCAGAUGAGAUGAAAAAAAGGAGGAGGUUGCCCUUUGUAGCUGACAUGUUGCGCGUCAUGCGGCCACAAGUCGCCCUACGCGCCUAUAUAGAGUCGCGUAAAAUGCGACAUUGCGAGUAUUGCAUUUCUUUAUAGUCACGAUGCUUCUUGUAAACACCUGUUAGCAUUGGCGUAUAGGGCUUUUUAUCUAUGUGAAUUUUCGUAUGUCCUGCAUAUAAUAUCAAAUAUGCAAAUUGGCAUCCUUAGGUGGGAACACCCUGUCUGUACCUAAAGCGGGCCAUAGACAGAUCGCAUGUUGCAGUCAAGACCGACUGCAACAUGCGGUCGCCGCACGGCGAUCUGCAGUUUCCAUACUGAAUACUUAUUCGCAAUUCACGGACCGCUCGAGCAGUUCCUGAGCAAACCCCAUAUUGCACUCGGUCUUGACUGCAACAUGCGGUCCGUCUAUGGCCCGCUUUAGUCUUAAUUAAAUAAAGAAGUUUCACUUCAAAUAUUUGUUAUUCACUUAAACAUUCAAUAACUAUGUAUUGAAUGUAUUAACUAUGGCUUAUAGUAGGUUUAUAAAGAGUUUAACUCGGUAUUAGAUAAAUUAUCAGCAAUAUGUAAGUGUAAUUUUGCCAUAAAUACUGCUUUUAAAAUCUCAAUACAUGAUUCGAAUGUUUGUUAGAACUUAGACGUAGUUUAAUUACGUAAUUCAUUCAGAAGAUUUACUUUAUUAUUACUUAAAGUUUUAUGUAUUGAGUAUAUUAUUGUUUUAUACAAUUAGUGUUUUGUUUUAAUAUAAAAUUUAUUUAAAUGUUAAUAUUUGGCAUUAUUAUGUAAAAUGCAUCCGACCAUUGACUAUUUCGACUAUUAAAUGUUUAUUUUUAGAUUACUUAUUUGAAAGCUAUUACUAUUUAUUGUGGUUAUUCCCGAGAAAGAUGAUUAAAAUUUAUAAUUUUUUAAUGGGAAUAUUUUGUUUUUUAAUUUUAUUUAAUGUGUCAAAGAUACUUGAUUCUUUUUUUUAAUAUGUUAUAAUUUAAAAAAGAAAAAAUUAAGUGCAAUUUGUGACGUUCGGCCUUUUUAUACAACAAUGUAUAUUAAUUUUUUACAUCAAAGUUUUGUACAUUAAAAGUAACCAUGGUAACAAUUGACUGUAGAGCCAUGAUAUAUUAGGCCAUAUUAUAAAAGUGGCACUUUAAUAAUAAGGCCGAAUUUGUCUCCUUUCACGAGGGUAGUUUUUUAUUUUUUUUUAUUGUCCCUUGACCCUUGAUUAGUUUUAAAAACGUGUUAUACGUAAACAUGUUGUGUACUUAAAAUGUCCCUUUUAAUCAGCUUCAAGUAAAUGUGAUAUGUAUUUUUACUAUAAUUAUAAAAUGUACAAUUCAUUUGUGCAUUGGCCAUACUAAAAUCUCAAAUUAAUGGCCUCAUUCAUUUCAUUCAAUUAUUAUCACAUAUUUCGUUUGUACGUUUAUUAAUAAGGAGGAAGAAAUUUUAUUACGGAUUAUGGUAUGGUCAGUGCGUAAAACAAUACCUGUAGUUAUGCCGUAAAAAUAAAGGUUAUAAAUCUAA